UUUACUCCCUUUCCCUAAAAUUUCAAACUUUUUUUAGAUGCAGGAAGUGACAAAGAGGGAGAUACCAAAUGAGAAUCACCAGGAAGAUGAAUUCAGACGGUACUCACCUCACCAAUCCACAGUCCGAUCCCCAGAAAAGAUGACUAGAGAAGGAUACCGAAUAUCUUUUUUGGACAAUAAGUCUUCAGGUUCCUCUCCGGAAAAGGACAUGAUAUCAAAACCUGAUACCUAUCACCUUACUCAUGAUGUCUCAUUGGGAAGUCUUGGUAAAAGGCCUCAAAGAAGCAAGAACUACCGAGAAUAUAGCGUAAAGCCUCCAAAUGACAUGAAGGCCACCUCAUCCCAUUCCUGUGGAGACUUACAGACUUCUCUGUCAAACUUUGACUCCAGCACUGGAAGGCUUUUGAAACUUAGUUCAGAUCUGUAUGCCACAACCCAUUUCAACAGUGACCCUGCUCUGCUGGUCAAUGUAGAGCAACAGUUAUCCACCAGCCUCAGUGACUUAACGUCAGCACAUGGUUCUUUCCCAAACAACGCUGUCCUAGAAGACUCUUUACGAACACUGCUGUUACCUUCUGGGGCUUCAGAAAGCAGAGAGAAUUCAACCCAAAGAUCAUUAAGCCCAUCAAGAAGAGGAUUCAAAAGGAAAGACAAUAUCCUUGCCACCUUGAAUCCAAAGCAUGGCUUCAGAGACGUUGCUGUCAGUGAGCCUCUCUCUAGUGACCUGGGCAGUUUGUAUGGUUUGCCAGGAAACCACAGUCCCCCGAUCUCUGCCAGAACCUCCCAUGUGGCCACUGUGCUCAGACAGCUGCUGGAGCUUGUGGAUAAGCACUGGAACGGCUCUGGCUCCCUCCUCCUCAACAAGAAGUUCCUUGGUCCUGCCCGAGAUUUGCUUCUGACUUUGGUAGUCCCUGCUCCUUCUCAGCAGUGGUGUCGCUCAUAUCCUGAAGACACAUCAAAAAUAUUCCGCAGAAGGGAAAUGGAACUGAAGGAGGCUGGGCAUCUGGUCCCUAAUGAUACGGAAAGUUUGAAGCAAAAACUGGUCAGAGUGCUGGAAGAAAACCUGAUUUUGACAGAAAAAAUCCAGCAGUUGGAAGAAGGUGCUGCCACCUCAGUUGUGAGUGGGCCCCAACCCCAUACUUAUGAUGAUCUUCUGCGGAAAAACCAACAGCUGAACAUGCAGGUAGCUUGCCUGAACCAGGAACUUGCCCAGCUGAAAAAACUGGAGGAGACAGUGGCCCUUCUCCAUGAAAGUCAGAG